UUCUCCCAACCUGCAGCCGGGACUACAGCAAACUAAUUUUAAAUCUUGCACAACAAUUAGAAGGAUACUUUAAGUUGUUGUUUUACGUGUCAUACCCCUGAUUAUUGCUUGAAUGUGUGUGUGAAUGCUUGAAGAAAUUACAAAAAAAGAAGGAUGAAGCUUAAAGAGAUCAAUCGCACGGCUAUUCAGGCCUGGAGCCCUGCUCAGCACCAUCCUAUCUACUUAGCAGCAGGUACCUCUGCUCAGCAGCUUGAUGCUACCUUUAGCACCAAUGCUUCACUAGAGAUCUUUGAGUUAGACCUGGCUGAACCCACUUUGGCCAUGAAGUCUUGCGGUGCACUCGCAUCCCCUCACAGAUACCAUAAGAUGGUUUGGGGCCCUCAUGAUACUGAUGCUGAUGGGCUGCCUUCAGGGAUACUCAUAGCUGGAGGAGAGAAUGGCAAUAUUAUCCUCUAUGACCCUUUUAAGAUUAUCUCUGGUGACAGUGAAGCUGUCAUUGCUCAAAGCAGCAAACAUACUGGAUCGGUCCAAGCCCUAGAUGUAAACUCAUUUCAGACAAACCUGGUGGCCUCAGGCGGAAAUGAGUCAGAAAUCUACAUCUGGGAUUUGAACAACUUUGCUUCACCUAUGACACCAGGACCAAAAACUCAGCCACUGGAGGACAUCAGCUGUGUGGCAUGGAAUAGACAGGUACAACACAUUUUGGCAUCAGCCAGCCCCAGUGGCAGAGCCUCUGUCUGGGACCUUAGGAAGAACGACCUCAUCAUCAAAGUCAGCGACCACAGCAACAGGAUGCACUGCUCUGGGCUGGCUUGGCAUCCUGAGGUGGCUACACAGUUGGUCCUGGCAUCUGAAGAUGACCGCAUGCCUGUCAUCCAAAUGUGGGACCUUCGCUUUGCUACCUCUCCUCUUAAAGUCCUAGAGAAUCACACAAGAGGUGUCUUGGCCAUUGCCUGGAGUCUGGCAGAUCCUGAACUCCUCCUUAGCUGUGGAAAGGAUAACAGAAUUCUGUGUUGGAACCCCAACACUGCUGAGGUGCUCUAUGAGUUGCCAACAAGCACACAGUGGUGCUUUGACAUUCAGUGGUGUCCCAGAAACCCAGCAGUUUUGUCAGCUGCAGCUUUUGAUGGGCACAUCAGCAUCUACUCCAUCAUGGGAGGAAGCAAUGAGACCGUAAACAAUCCCCAAGUGGAUCAGAUAAGUGCCUCUUUUGGAAACAUGGAUCCGUUCGGGACAGGGCAGACAUUGCCGCCGUUGCAGCUACCACAGUCCAGUGCCCCCAAGACCACUGUCACGCCCUUGAAGAAACCCCCCAAGUGGAUCCGACGACCAGUCGGGGCCUCCUUUGCUUUUGGUGGUAAACUGGUCUCCUUGGAGAAUGUCAAGCCAUCACCCCAACAACCUCAGCAGCCUACUGCCCACAUUGUCCAUGUCAGCCAAGUGGUCACAGAAACAGCUUUCCUAGACCGCUCAAAUCAGCUUCAGGCCACCUUGACUGAAGGAACUUUUGUGGAAUUCUGCCAGUCCAAGAUUGACACUGCCCAGAAUGAGUUUGAAAAGACAGUGUGGUCUUUUCUGAAGGUUAACUUUGAGAAUGAUGUUCGUGGGAAAUACUUGGAACUUCUGGGAUACAAAAAAGAGGAAGUUGCACUAAAGAUUGCAUCAGCAUUAGAAGGGAAAGAUGAUGAAUCAGCUGAAGUGAAUGAGCCUUCCUCCUCUCCUGAUCCUGCUGCUGCUCCUCCUGCUCCUGUCGCUGACCAUCAGGCUGAAGCCACCCCUGAUCCUGACCCUGUACCUCAGCCCAUCCCAGAGCCCUCUGUUGCUGCCCAGCCUGAACUGCCCCUUACGCUGGCUCCUCAGACCACCAAUCAGCCUAUGCUUGAGCUUAGCCUGCAGUCUGAGCCUGACUGGCCAUCACUAAAUGAACCACUGUCUGAUCCCAUGCUUGCCCCCUGUGCUGAGCCUGUUCUUGACAGUCAAGCUGAACCUGACCUUGCUCCUCCUGUUGACCUUAUGUCUGCUUUUGAAUUGACGCCUCCAACUGAACUCGCGCCAAAUGUGCAUUUGCCGCCGCCUGUGGACUCGCAGCCUGUACCAGACUUUAUACCCUCGGUUCCUCAGCUUGCAGCAGAGCCCAUGCCACUGAGCACACCACCAGAUAGUCUACAACAGUCUGUGGCAGAGUUUGAUCUGACCUCUCCAGAAUUCCAGGCUAUGCCUGAAUCUACCCCUGUUGUAGAUCUAAAUCAGUCAAUGCCAUUGUAUACAGCGCCAGUGGAUCUGCAACAGUCUUUCCAAGGGAUAAACAAUGUUCAACAAUCUGUGCCAGAGCUAGUGCCUCCAGUUGAUACUUUACAAUCUGUACCAGUUCUGGUACCACCAAUUAAUGCUCAACAGCCUCUACCAGUUCUGGCAUCUUCAAAUGAUGCUCAGCAGCCUGUACCAGACGUAGCACUUCAAUUUGGUGCUCAACAACCUGUACUAGAGCCAGUACCUCCACUCAGUGCUCUACACUCUGUACCAGUCCUGGCACCUCCAAUUGAUGCUCAGCAGUCUGUUCCAGACCUAGCACCUCAAUUUUGUACUCAACAACCUGUACUAGAGCCAGUACCGCCAAUCAGUGCUCUACACUCUCUGCCAGUUCUUGCAUCUCCAAUUGAUGCUCAGCAGUCUGUUCCAGACCUAGCACCUCAACUUUGUACUCAACAACCUGUACUCGAACCAGUUCCUCCAAUCAAUGCUCUACACUCUGUACCAAUUCUGGCACCUCCAGUUGAUGUUCAGCAGUCUGUUCCAGAACUAGCACCUCAAAUCGAUGCUCAUCAACCUGUUCUAGAGCUAGCUCCCCAAAUUAUUGCUCAGCAGUCUGCACCGGUUCAGUUUCAUCCAGUUGAUGCUCAACAAUCUAUACCAGUGCUAGCUCCUCCAAUCAGCCUUCAGCCUGACCAUUCAAAUCAUUUUGCCCCACCCCAACCAGCAACAGAGUUCUUACCUCAAGUUGACUCACAGGGUAUGCCCGUUAUUGCACCUCCGGUUGACCCUCAGCAGAAUGCUCCAGAGUUCGACCUCACUCAGCCAGCUGACGUUCUGCCUGUCCAAGAAGUAAACCUGGUCCCUCAACCUGAAUCCCAGUCAGACCUGGCCACCAAGUCUGUUGAUCAGGCAUCAGAAGGUGUAGAUGCUACUGUGGAUCCUACUGAUGAGGAAAUUCCACUGGAGGAGGUUGAGGAGAAUGGGCUAGUUGAAGAGGAACCUGCCCUUGCUCCAGAGGAAACUCCUGCUCCUGAAGAGACAGUUGUCGCUGAAGAGACUCCUACUCCCGAAGUGACUCAAGCCACAGAUCCUGUUAACCUCAAAGUUAAUCACAAUGUCGAUGGACUGAUAACUCAAGCACUACUUACUGGAGACUUUGAGGCUGCUGUUGAGCUUUGUCUCCAUGACAACCGCAUGGCAGAUGGCAUCAUCCUGGCCAUUGCUGGUGGGCCAGAGCUUUUAGAGAAGACCCAGAAGAAGUACCUCAUCAAAACACAGAGCAAGAUCUCCAAGCUCAUCAGUGCUGUGGUGACAAAGGACUGGUUGGACAUUCUGGAGACAUGUGACCUACAAAACUGGAAGGAGGCUCUUGCUGGCGUGAUGACUUAUGCCAAGCCUGAGGAGUUCUCCUCUCUUUGUGGGUUGCUUGGUUCCAGACUGGAGGCCUCUGAGGACCCAGCUCUGCAGGUCCAGGCCUGCCUGUGUUACAUCUGUGCUGGUAGUGUGGAGCAGCUGGUAGCGUGCUGGACUAAAGCUCAGGACUUCCACUGCCCCCUUUCCCUGCAGGACCUGGUAGAAAAGGUGGUAGUCCUACGCCAGGCUGUGGUGCAAACUCAGGGUGGUGCAGCCCCUGCUGUCGGUGCUCUGCUGGCAGAAAAGAUGAGUCAGUAUGCCAGUCUUUUGGCAUCACAGGGCAGCUUACAAACAGCUAUCUCCUACCUGCCUAACAGUGCUGACCAGGCUACUGUCCAGCAGCUACGAGAUCGUCUGAGCAAAGCUCUGGGUCAGCAGGCGGCUGCCCCUGUGGCCCCGGUGGAGAAUGUGCAACCAGCAGCCCAAGCACCAGUGCCGGCCUACACCCCUGCCCAGCCACAACCACAUCAGCCCAUACCAGGAGCAGUGGCACCAUCAGCACCUCAUUACUUUCAGCAGGUCAGGUCUGCCUCUACUGUCACUUCCUGGAGUAACCAAACCCCCACAGCUCUGCCCAGUGUCCCUCGCCCGCUAGGCCCUGCCCCAAACUUGCAGCCUGAGCCCUCAGCUCCAGCCUUUGGUUUGCAGUCUCCAGUCAGUGCUGUUCCACCAACCACUAGUGGAUACCUGGUCUCUCAGCAGUAUCAGACCUAUCCUCAGGUCCAGCAGUUCAUGCCUGCAGCUGGGGGACCAGCUAUCUAUCAGCCUCUCCAGUACUCUUCUGCUGCUGCUCCUUCUCUUCCUGCUCCACCUUCCUCUUCCGCCCCAUCUGUUCAGUACCCCUCUCAGUACAUGCACCACCCAGUAGCACCUUCUCACCCUGCACCUCCUCCAGUGUUCCCUGGGCCUCCUCCUACAGGCCAGCCUACUGCCUCUGCACCUCCUCCUGCCUCUUCAUCCUUCUCUCCUCCUCCUCUAUCCUCUGGAGUAUCAUUCCAGCAUGGUGGGCCAGGGUCUCCCACCUCCUACCUGCCACCUCCACCAAUGGGACCCUCAGGUACACAGGCAGAGCCCGCCCCGAUCCCAGCCUCUCAGAGAACAGGGGGGAUAAACCAAGAUACAACCUGUUAUAUGGAAGGACCUCAGAAUGGCUGGAACGAUCCUCCCACUCUUAGUAGAGUGCCAAAGAAAAAGAAGGUUCCAGACAAUUACACUCCACCAGCUCCCAUCACUGCACCCAUCAUGGCGCCUCUGGGAGAGCCUCAGGUCCAGCCUGUCCCCAUGCAGCCCCCACAGCAGUUCUCUGGGCAGCCAGGAGCUCCAGCCCCCUUCAAUCCCAUCCAGCAACAGCCCCCCAGUGCCACACCUGCAAACCCAGCCAUGCCCAUAAUGAACAUGGAGGGAGCACCAGGAGCACCUACUGGAGAUGUCAUACAGCCAGUGCAGUCUAUGCCUGCUGAGAAAAUCACCAAGAAGCCCAUCCCUGAUGAGCACCUUGUCCUCAAGACGACCUUUGAAGGACUAAUCCAGAAAUGCUUGGCAGUAGCUGCUGAUCCUCAAACCAGGCGGAAGUUAGACGAUGCUAACAAACGCCUUGAGUCCCUGUAUGACAAGCUUAGAGAUCAAUCUCUUUCCCCAGCCAUUGUGAGCGGCCUGCACAACAUUGUGCGCAGCAUUGAGUCCCGCGCCUACACGGAUGGCCUGAACAUUCACACACACAUUGUUAGUAACAGCAACUUCAGCGAAACCUCUGCUUUCAUGCCAGUGCUAAAGGUGGUGUUAACACAGGCAAACAAGUUGGGCGUCUGAUCAGCGACGUAAACAGAUGCACACUUUCUCCAGUAUUCAUGCAACUUUAACACAAGCCAUCAAGUCAAGUUUGAGACAUGGGACAGAGGACCAAGCUGUCAUUGAUAUUGCCAGUCUGUCCUUCACUGGAACACAUCAAGGAUGCGUAUUCCAGUUUUAGGUUGUUUUUGUUGUCUUACGUUUCAUAGUUAGUUUUUGUUUUCUUUUGUAUUUGUAAUCAUGUCAGAGCAGAGUGCAAUGGGGAUUUGCUCCUUUUUACGGGAGUUUUAAUGGAAAUUGUGCUUUUUAAGAAUAAUGCAUGAUUUACACUAUUGAACGCAAAAUUGAGACCCUGUCUUUUUUCAUUGUCACGUGACCUGAAAUUGGUUACAAUUGCAUUAUCAAGUGCCCAGUCAUUUUAGCU